AUGGACCGUAUUCGGAGACUGUUUGCUCCGCAAGUGACGUACGAGGCCAUCCAGCAGCCUGCGGAGUCGGAUAACGAGUCGGAGAACAACGAUUCGGCCUCAUCAGCUCCGCAACAGGCCCCUUUCUCCUCCUAUGAAUAUGCCGUGUUUCUUCUCCUGGGAGUCUCUAUGCUCUGGGCAUGGAACAUGUUCCUUGCGGCAGCCCCAUACUUCUACCACCGAUUCCACACGGACGACUGGGCAGCGACUCACUAUCAGCCCUCCAUCCUGACCGUCUCGACGGUGACCAACCUGGGCUCCUCAUUUAUCCUGGCCAAGCUCCAGAAGGGAGCAUCUUACCCCAAGCGGACGGUGAUCUCGCUGCUGAUCAACAUAGUGGUGUUCACGCUACUGGCCUUCUCGACGAUUCUCAUGAAAGAUGUUUCGGUGGCGACCUACUUCGCGUUCCUGAUGUUCAUGGUCUUCGGCGCCAGCCUGGCCACGGGCAUCAACCAGAAUGGCGUGUACGCCUACGUCGCGGGCUUCGGCCGCGAGGAGUACACGCAGGCGAUCAUGAGCGGCCAGGGCGUGGCCGGCGUGCUCCCGUGUAUCGUGCAGAUUGUCUCGGUGCUCUCCGUGGCGCGCAGCCCCGGCGACAGCGAGCAAGACCACGACCAAGCCCCCGGACCCCCCGCGGCGGGCGCUCCGCCGCAGGAAUCCUCCAAAUCGGCCUUCGCAUACUUCCUCACCGCGACGGGGGUGUCCUGCUUCGCCCUCCUAGCCUUCACCUCCCUCGUCAAGCGCCGCUCGCACCUCACCCCUCCCAACAGUCACAACCACGAACAAGAAGACGACGAUCCCGCGACCCCCAGCAAAACAAUAAGCCUAUGGACGCUCUUCAAGAAACUACGCUUCACAGCACUAGCCAUGAUCCUCUGCUUCACGAUAACAAUGACCUUCCCAGUGUUCACGGCGGAAAUCGAAUCCGUCAACCGCGGCAGCGGCUCGCGCCUCUUCGACGCCCCCGUCUUCAUCCCGCUGGCCUUCUUCUUCUGGAACGCCGGCGACCUCCUCGGCCGCAUGCUGGUCCUGUGGCCGCCGCUCUCGCUGGUCCACCGGCCGGGCGCCCUGCUCGUCUUCGCCUGCGCCCGCGCCGCCUUCAUCCCGCUGUACCAGCUGUGCAACAUCCGGGGCCGCGGCGCCGUCGUUCAGAGCGACUUCUUCUACCUGGUGGUCGUGCAGCUGCUCUUCGGCGUGAGUAACGGGUACUUGGGUAGUAACUGCAUGAUGGGCGCCGGGCUGGUGGCGGCCGAUGAGCGCGAGCCGGCCGGUGCGUUCAUGGGCUUGAUGCUCGUGGCUGGGUUGACGUUGGGGAGUUUGUUGAGCUUUUUGGCUGCGGGC